CCCCGCCUCCUCCCCCGCCGCUGCGGGCCGGGCCGGGCCGGGCCGGUGCCGCCUCCCGGGUAGGGCCGGGGGAUGGACGAGCAGCUGCUCCGGGCCCUGGGGGGGCUUCGCCUGCAGCCCCCGCCGCCACGCUUCAGCGGGAGGUUGGUGCUGCUGCGGGGGCUGCCUGGCUCCGGGAAGACCACCCUGGCCAGACAACUGAAACGUGACCAUUCCAGUGCUGUAGUUCUUAGUACCGAUGACUUCUUUAUCGAAAAUGGGGUGUAUGUGUUUGAGCCUGACCUCCUCGAGGAUGCACACAAAUGGAACCAAAAGCGAGCGCGCAAAGCAAUGAAGAAUGGGAAAAGCCCGGUUAUUAUUGAUAAUACCAACAUCCAUGCUUGGGAAAUGAAGCCCUAUGUGAUGAUGGCACGUGAAAAUAGGUAUGAAGUUAUAUUCCAAGAACCAGAUACACCCUGGAAGUUCAAUGUUCGGGAGCUGACAAGAAGAAAUACUCAUCACGUCCCUCGAGAAAAGAUACAGCGGAUGAAAGACCAAUAUGAGCACAAUGUUACCUUCCACAGUGUUCUUCACUCUGAAAAACCAAGCAGAGAUGAAAGAAGCUCCAGAGGACCAAAUCCAGCUUACGGGAUGGGUGCCCGUUUCGACCCCCCUCCUGUCUUCUCCAACAGAAGACCUCACGUGGCACAUACAAACACCACGCCAUUUAACUGAAGAGGUGGAUUCCUCACCGCGUUUUAAUGAUCAGGGUAUAAAAGUCUCUAGUUGUACAUUUUUUUUUCUAAACGGUUUUUUAUUCUUGUAUUUUUCUACUACGUGUAUAAUGACCUUUUUUUCUUACAAAUCUUUAAAUGUGUCUGGACUAUGAUCUCACAGCUCGACGUGACCGACCUGAGAGCACUCUCCCCGGUACAGACUGUGCUCCCUCUUGUUCCUCUUCCUCCACGAAAAUCCAUUCCAGCUUAUGGUGAAAUUUACUGGCUCUGCCACACGCCUUUUGGGUUUUUUUCCCCUGUAUUGUGCUCUGUCACUAAUAGAGGAUGAUAAAUACUCCUAAAUUCUUUCUAGCAGGACAUGUAGCCAAUUUCUUCUCCAUGCCAUUUCUUUUUCAGCAGUCACUUGCCAUUUCAAUACUCUAUAUCUGUAAUUUUAAUUGACAUUUUAAUACUUUCUUGCCAUUUUAACACUCUUUAUCUGGUUGUAUAACCUUUUGUGCCUUCCCAGUGCACCUUGCCUAGAGCCUUACUGCUGCCUUUGAGAGAGGCAAAAUAAAGGGUGGAAAAGGUAGCUCUGGCAGAUUGCAGCAAGAUCUGAUGCUGUUCCCCAUCUACACCUCUGCUGUCUGGAUUCACACUGGUCUUACCUCAGCUCUGUCACAGCCAAAACAGCUUCUCCAGCUUGGAGGCAGAACACUUCAAUGCACCAAACAGCCCUUGAUCUUGCCACGACACAGGAAUUCCACUGAUCCUGAGACGAGUCCGUACAUGGAGGCUCCUAAAAGGAAACAUCAGUGUUAGGGUUGUGCUUGUUACCUUCCAAGUAGGAGCAGCUCUGAAUAGCUGCAGCACAAGGCUCCCAAAUACCCAAACCAACUCAGAAAUAAAAAAUAACGACUUAAAAAAUGUUCUUGCAAGGGGAGAAAUCAACUCCUUCCACCGCUGAAGUGCCAAGAAGCCGCUGAGUGAGGAAGGAAGCAAUCCUGCAGGGGUUUUAGCCGCACUGUUAAAUUCUGCUGAUUAUGUCCUUAUCAAGAAGCCUCAUCAAACAUUUUUAAAACUCAGCAUUUGUGAUGGCAGUUUUAAGCAGGUGUGGAUUAUUAGGCAUUGCUCAGAGGGCAGGACAGUAGUGAGUUUACAGUAGGAAAUGAAGGCAGCUCACAUUGGACAGGAAGAAAAAUGGGUAUAACUGCUAAGGGCAUAUAGGAGGUGUAACAAAAUAUGCUGCUUCUGGGCAAAAGCCAAGCUGUCUUCAGGACACUGUGCAUGUAUGAGGUAAGUUGUAUUUUCUACUCAAGCUGCGUUUAAAGCAGCAGUAUCAUCAUUGUAAUUAAGUGUGAACUAGGGGGCCUAGGGAACCUGCAGUGCACAGUGGUUUACAGAACUAUCAGCAAGCCCGUCCUGCUACAAUGUCCAGCUUGGUGACAGGAGCCACCCCCAGUUCAGCACUGGGGAAUGGCACAGGACCCCUGAAAGGCUGCCGAGUGGGAGCUGGGGGUCUCAGUUCUGAAACAUCCUCCCUCCUUUGCCCCACGCGUGGUGGGAAGCCGUGGGGAAAGGGGCAGCCUGACAACAAAUGGCCUGACAUGUGGAGCUGGCAGCCAGUCCAGCAGGGCUGCUGCUCUCCCCAGUGGGGAAACUCCCAGUUCCGAGACGCUUCACCUGUUGAAAUUAAUGAGAACAAAGUAAUGAAUUCAAGUAGUAACUCACUCCCAGCAGAAGGAUCUCGCGAUGAAAUCAAAGAAAGAUUUAAUUAUCUUUCAUGAUGCAGUGGCCUCGAGUGCUUCUUCAGGAAGGAGCAGCUCAGAAACACUGACCAAGGAUCUACCAUUGAUACCCAUGUAUGGCCUUUUGCUACGCAUCAAUCACAGCUGUUCUCUAAAGCUCUUUUAGCACAAUAGGGAGAGUUUGAGGGGAAAAUUACAAGAACUAUGGCAGAAUUACAGAGCAAUAUUUCAGAAUUAAUGUUUGCUAACAAUAAACUUAGAGAAUUGC